AUGAGACCUGCACUUCUACAAUCACCGUGAAACAAUCGCGGGACGCCCCUUGCUCCGUUGACUGAUAAGCAAAGCUUGUGCUGCGACCGCCGCUGCUUCGCCCGGAGUGAGUCCGCCCCCGGCACCUCGAUCGCGCGCACGUGAACGACAGCCGCCUCCGAGGGCCUCCUCCUAUGUGCCUCUGGAUCUGCCUCUUCGGAGUCUGUGGCACGUGCUUGUAAGUUACUCAAGCCGCGACAAAGCCGAGAUGGCGUGGCGCCACCGCUCCCAUAACGAGAAGAUCCUCCUGAAGGUGAUUGCGUUCCUCGUCUUCGCUCUCACCUGCUUCAUCAUCACCGUCACCGUCAUGGACAUCACCUACAAGGCCAAGAUCAAGGACUUGGAGGACCAGCUCGAGCACCAGCAGUCGAGCACCACCGAGGCGCUGACCAGCCACACCUCCACCCUCGCGUCCACCCUCACCUCGAUCAGCUCCACCACUCCACCUCCGACCACCACAACUACCACCACCCCCUCCACGACCACUACCCCGGCGCCCACCACCACGCCCGCUCCGUCGACGACUCCUACCACCGCGGCCCCGACGACCACCCCGCCCGCGACGACGGAGGCGGAGACGACCCACACCACGGGGCCGUCGCUGCUGCUAGACGCGCUACAGUCACUGCUGCAAAAUUUCUCUGGGAUUUCCUCUGCCUCGGACAGCGUAGACAGCGCGCGAAUGUCCAAGGGCCUGUACACUCGGACGCGCGGGACCUUCCUCAUCGUCGCCGACGUGCGCCACGAGCGGUCCCGCCCCGCCCCGACGCAGCCCGACCUGGACGCCCCCAAUGCCACCGAAUCUUUCGAGACUCCGCUGGUCUACAUCGACGAGCCUGGCAACUCCACCGAGCCGCCGCAGAGCCGAGAACGGAGCGAAACCAGAGAGAGUAAAGAGGACGAUUUGUACGACACAGACGACGACGACUACGCCGGCCCGCGUCACACUACGACCUCCGAUUUCAAGACCGACUUGGAGGCUCUGUCGACGAAGGAAGGGUCGGGAGUGGACGACGACAAGAUGACGGUGCCUCCAUAGUCUGGCAUAUUACAUUAGAUAACAUUUAACAUAUCAAUAGAUUCGUAUUUAAUGAUUUCCCGCUAGCUCUGCGACGAUAUACGUGAUGCUAGCAGUUGUGAUUUUUUUUGUCUUUAUUUAAAGGCAAUCUCGUGCCCCCAUACUUAUAUUUUUUACAAAAUAUGGAUUCUCACUGAGAGUUUGUUCCUUGGCGACCAUAGUUUCCCGAUCCAACUUCAACGAUAAAAAGGACACUUCUUUUUUUUUAUAUAAAAAACGAAUCGAGAUGAACUAGACGAUUCUUCGUCCUAUGAUUUGUCUCCUUUCAUCAUCUGUAAUUUCUUCAGCCGACUCUGAGAUCUGAUGUUUGUUCAGGCCAGGGAAGUCUUCCUUUUAUACAAAUUCAGCUGAAUUCAAAAGUGGUAAUUGGAACGAAAUGUUGUUUAUAUAUCUACGUUUGUUAUAAUCAGUAAAACAUUAUUAUAUUUGUC